AUGGCUGCCAAGGAAAGUCAGGGAUUUGCUAUUCCCAAGCUUGCUCAGGAUUUGAUCGCUGGUACAGCUGGUGGUUGGGCUCAGGUUGUAGUUGGACAUCCAUUUGAUACACUCAAGGUCCGUCUCCAGACACAACCCUCGCCACCUAUCUACAAGAAUGCGAUGGACUGUUUUAGAUCUCUUGUCAAGCAAGAAGGCCCCAAAGGUCUUUAUCGCGGAGUAGCAUCUCCUUUGGCUGGUAUUGGUUUCUGUAAUGCUGUGGUUUUCAUGUGCAAUGGUGAAUUCAGACGUAUGUUGCAGGGAAAUGAUCCCAACAAGACCCUCUCUCUCCUCGAAAUUGGAAUUGCCGGAAGCAUGGCUGGUACUGUCAUGGCAUUUUUCAACUGUCCUAUCGAACUUCUCAAGGUCAAAUUGCAGACUCAGGAUCCCAGAGGUUACAAGGGUGUGAUUGAUUGUGGUAUCAGAACUGUACGUGAACAUGGUGCCAAGGGUAUUUACCGUGGUUUGGGUAUCACUCUCUUGCGUGAUUCCCCUAGUUAUGGAUUUUACUUUGUGACUUAUGAGGGACUUAAGCGUGUCUUCAAAUCUUUGAAAUCUGAUCCCAAUGCUGAAUUGAGCACCACUGAUCUGUUGGUAGCCGGUGGUCUUGCUGGGUUUGGUGCCUGGAUUCCAGCCUAUCCUCAAGAUGUUCUCAAGAGUCGUAUCCAAAACGAAGCCAAAUCUCAGACUAUCGUACAAGCCUUCCGUAAUGUGAUGAAGCAGAGUGGUUUCAAGGCCUUCUUCAACGGUGUUGGUCCCACAAUGGCCAGAGCUUUCCCUGCAAAUGCCGCAACUUUCUUUGCCUAUGAAAUGGCAAUGAAGGCCAUGGACAACCAAUAA